AUGCCUUCUCGUGAUGCCCAUCUGCAGUUUGAGAAGUGGGCCAGAGGAUAUGGACCGAUCUAUAGCCUCAUCUUGGGAGCGAAGACCUUGAUCGUCCUGUCCAGCGAUGAAGCCAUAAAAGAGCUCCUGGAUCGACGAAGCAACAUUUACUCUCACCGACAAGAGAUAAAACGUGACAUGACUUACGAGGCUGACCGCUCUCAGGGAUAUGGUCCGACAUGGCGCACAUACCGCAAGAUGAUCCACGGCCUGCUUAAUGUGUCGGCGGCAAAGUCAUACGUACCGUACCAAAUGCUCGAAAAUCGACAAAUGCUACACCAGCUGCUUGCCGAUCCCGAGCAUUUCCUCCAGCACAUCCGUCGCUACUCGAAUGCACUAACGACAACCAUGAUCUAUGGCUGGCGGACACCAACUUAUGAGGACGACAAGAUGAAACAACUCUUCGACGGCUUCUCCAAGUUCGCGGAAAUCAACCAAACGGGGACUGCCGCGCUGAUUGACUUUUGCCCCUGGCUGCGUAAGCUGCCCGACUUUGUCUUGCCCACACAGAAGAAGGCCAAGGAGCUUCACAGAGAGGAAAAGGCACUGUACUUGGGCCACUGGCUCACGGCAAAGAAGGCGGUGCAAGACAGCACCAUCAAGCCUUGCUUCUGCGUUGGAAUGGCGACUGCGCAGCAAGCGCAGGAUUUCAGCGAUGACCAGGCCGCCUAUAUUGCCGGGACGGUGCUGGAGGCCGGAUCCGACACGACGUCCAGUACCUUGUACGCGUUUGUGCAGGCCAUGGUGCUUUACGCAGACGUGCAAAAGAGGGCCCAAGAGGAGAUUGAUCGUGUCGUUGGAGAUACGAGGAUGCCCACGAUGGAAGACGAGCCUCACAUGCCGUAUAUACGGUGUUGUAUGAAAGAGACGCUGCGUUGGAUGCCCACCACCAUCCUCGGCGCGGUGCCGCAUGCGGUGACACAGGACGACUACUAUAUGGGCUACCUGAUCCCCAAAGGAGCCGGAGUGAUGAACAAUGUGUGGGGAGUCAAUAUGGACCCGCAACGCCAUCCGGACCCGCGGCGCUUCAACCCUGACCGGUACCAGGACGACCACCAUGGCCUGUAUGACUCGGCAGCGAGCCCGGAUGCUUCGAAGCGCGACAACUUCACCUUUGGCGCAGGCCGCCGUAUCUGUCAGGGGAUCCACGUUGCCGAGCGCAGCCUCUUCCUGGGCAUGUCGCGCAUGCUUUGGGCGUUCCGCUUUGAGCCGACGACGGAUGACCGGGGACGUCCGAUCGUGCCAGAUCCAGACGAACUGACCCAGGGAUUUGUCUGCAUGCCGGUGGAGUUUCCGUGCCAGAUCACUCCGCGGUCCCAGGCCCGGGCUGAGAUGGUGAGGAGGGAGUGGGAGGACGCGGAGAGGGAGUGCCUGGACGGCGAGACGAAGCAGUGGAAGACGGUACCGUCGAACGAGGGACCCAGAAGGCGUGAUGGCGAGGGAAGUCAGUAUCGUAUCGAGCAGUCUCGGGCUAGAUCUUGCGUCGUCAAUUCCAGAAAAGUGAAAAUCAUUCAAAGUCAUUGGCAAGCUGAGCACAACUUCGUGGGGGAAACUUUAACCCUCCAACUAUCCCGUGAGUGUGAUAGAGAAAAGACAGCUUAA